CUCAAUAAUUGCGCUUUAGGUGAAGCAGCGGGGGAUUGUAGCGACUAAUGGCAUUCUUAAUUAACAUAGCGUGAGGUAACCGUCCACGUAUGAGAAUAAUAGAAGAGUACACACCAUUCUGCUAAACUAGGUUUAUUCAAGGUUCGAUUAGCCCUUUACUUGUGGAGGUAUUUCCAUCGCAGCUUUAAAGCCUUGGCUAUGUAGUCGUUUGGAUCUUGCUGCCUGCGUACACUAACUUACAAGCUAGGGUACCAUUUAACGCUUAAAGUCCCAAACUGGCACCUCGUACUCCCAAAUGUCGCCUGGUAAGAAGGCGAUUGAUGGCCGGAAGUACCGGGGCCGGAUAUAGUCGAGACGGCGGCGCAAACAUUCCGCCGCGUCAACUCUCCCCAACGCCUCACACCCAGCUUGUGACUAUGCUCUCUUCCAUACUCGCCGCCAUUGGCCUCGUGGCGUCAUUUACCGCCGCGCAACAGCCUCCGCGGUUCUUGAACCUCACAGCCAUUGCAGCCGCCCACGGCGAGUCAACCCUCGAGUGUUGGCAACUCGACAGCCCCUUCACGUCGUCAAGCAGCCCCGGAACCGUAGGCGCGCUCAGCUUGUUCAUGGGCGAAUUGGCCAACGCGACGUAUACCGUUCUCCCGGCGCGGUUUGACGGAGGCUUCCACCGAGCCCCAGCGCGACAAUUCGUCUUGUUCACCUCGGGCCUUGCCCACAUCACGCUUUACAAGGGCAAAAAUGAGGCUUGGGUGCAGGGUGGUAAGUAUGGUCUCAUCAUCGCUGCCGACACGCAGGACGUAUCGCAGCAUGGCCACCGGACAGAGUACCCUAGCGGCGCAGACACAAUUGGAAUCCAGAUACCAAUCUCGGACGAAUCGUCGUUUGAAUACAAGGUUCUUCACAGCGGCGCGUGCCACGAGUGUGAAAUGACAGGCAUCUAGUCUGCAAACACGUUAUAUAAUUCAUACAAAAUGAUUUACUGCUUAAUCUAAUUUCCAAAAAUUGUCGAUAGUGAACAACUCAGACUUUAGCCUGGUUCAACUUUAGGACCUGUGUAUUCCGCGAGAUAUAUAUAAAAUACCCUGCUUAACCCCCCUCUCUCUCAUUUGCGACCUUCUUUGCAAAGUCUUGAAUAAGAUGCGAUACAUUGCACACCGAAUUAGUCAUAUGCAUAAUUAACUCUGCUCUGUAGUAUACAAUCACAAACCGCGUCUUUGGUGACAAGCAAGCCAUUUGA